GGAUUAAUGGCUUGUGUUCUCCUCUUGUCUCUUGACUGGCUGCCCCUGGACUAGGCGUUGAGGGAGAGUCUGCAGCCGUCCGAUCGAGAGACGGUGUGGGGAUCGGACGGUUGGGGGAGGAUUGUUGGCUCUUAUAUUUGAUUGCCGGCUCUGCUCGUUCCCCGAAAUAACUCCUUCCCCCACCUACCGCCAAGCAGAGGAGGGGAUUCGAAUGGCCCGCGACGGCGCGUCGGCGGCGGCGGAGCGGAGGAGAGUGGAGCUGCGGGUCCUCCUCGCGCGCGGCGGAGGCGAGGGAUCCUCUCCUCUGCCGCCGGUGGCGGAGGAGGAGGGGGAGGAGGAGGCGCGGAGGAAGGGCAAGCAGGGGCUCGCGUUGCUGCGCCUGCGCGGGCUCGGGUGCGCGUCGGCCGCCGCGGCGGGGGCGCACGCGCCGGUAGCCGCUGCGGAUGCCGUGCGUCCCUCGGCGGAGGAGUGCAACAACGGGAGGAGGAGGCGGCGGAAGGGGAAGGAGAGGAGGAGCGCGAGGGGCGGCGUUGCAGCCGGUGGUGGUGGGGUUGCUUCUGGGGACGUUUGGUGCACGUGCACGCCGGGGAUACCGUUCGCCGCCGAGGCGUCGUCGGUGGACUGCGUGGUGGCGCGGCAGCAGACGGCCGGUGCCGGACGCCGUGGCGAAGCGGAGAGGCGGCACAGGGAGAGGACUGCCGACCAGCGGGCUCGCAGGGUCACCAUGCGGGAGCACAUAUCUUCGUCGUUCAUGGACUCACCGCCACGCUUCCACAUGCCGUUCCAUGAGGCUGACCUUCUACAUUCAGGUCGCCACCGCCAUAUCGGUGGCUUCGGCCACUCCCACGUCAGGACCGAGGAAGAGAUCAUGAUGUUUCGGACAAGACUAUUGUUGGGGAGAAUGGGUAUGUAUGAUCAAUACCAGGAUUGGCGCCUGGAUGUUGAUAACAUGAAUUAUGAGGAGUUACUGGCUCUCGAGGACAGAAUUGGGUAUGUAAGCACAGGGCUGCGCGAAGACGAGAUCAUUCGCAGCCUUAGGAUGGUCAAACACUCGGCAUUCGACCAUAAGCAUUUUCCAACGGAAGCCGAGAAGAGCUGCAGCAUUUGUCAAGAAGAGUUCGAAGCAAGCGAGGAAAUGGGGAGGCUGGGCUGUGGCCACAGCUACCACGUGCACUGCAUAAAGCAGUGGCUUUCUCGGAAGAACGCUUGCCCGGUUUGCAAGAUCGCCGUCUCGAAAACAUGAGGCCCCUGCCCCCACACAGCAUAUUCUUUUUUCCUGGUAUAGUACUUGUAUUCAUAUGUGAAGAAGUGUAUGUUCUUCUCUGUAGUUGUAACUUGUACAGCUCUCUGCUGCUGUGCAUAUAUACAUGGUGGUUGUAAAACACGUAGGGUGGACACAUACAUGCAUAUAGAAAUGACAUCAUUUGUUUUGA